UCAUACGAAAUACUUGUGUUUUAUUAGAGUGUAGUUAAAAAUAUUAUAACAAUGAUUGCACACAUUUGUGCAUUUACGUUAUGCUGUUUUGCUAUAACGUUAAAAAUUAAAACAAUCGAAUCAGCAGGUAACAACCAGAUUAUUCCUGUACGAUUUUUCAUUCAGUCGUGUCGUGAAGAUUAUGUGCAUACCGUAAACGAUUUAAAAACAUUCAACAGACGUCCAAUUGGUAUUAAACCCGCAGACCUGAGAAAUCUGACCAACCCAGCUAUUGACAAUAUUCAAGAAUACAAAUCAAAAUUAAAAAGCCGGGAUAGAUUAGAGAAAAAAGCCGAGGACAUCAAAUGUAGUUUUUGUGCAAUUGCAAAAUCAAACAUUUUGUUUUUGAAGAACUUAGUUGAAAAGUUAAAAAACGGAAUACCUUUCAUUAACAACGAGGGUAUUGUAGAACGUCUUAAACAGGAGGUCGAAAUGAUGAUUCAACUAUUACUGACGGCGAAUUUGGAAACGGGCAAAUGGCUUUGGAGUUAUUUGUUGAAAAUCGUAGCCAUCACACAGUACUACGACAAUACACCUUUUAUCCACGAAAACCCAUUCGAAGACGAACAACUGCAAACCGGUAUUUCAGAUUUCAUCGGCACUUGUACGGUUAACAAAUAUCUACCUCCGGCUGCAAUGGAAUCAGAUUUUGUUUUGAAAAACAGGAGUGUAUACGAAAAUAUGUUCCGCGUUCUAAGGCGUACUGGAUGGUUUUCUGAUAUUUUACUCGGCCGUGAUUUGGUUACGGUAGAAUUUUUAUAUCUAAAACCAUUUUGGGACGACCAACGACAAUUGUUGUUCAGACCAAUAACCCAAGUCGAUGUCGAUUGGAGUAGGGCGAAACACCGACAUGAUGCCGAGGUAGUUAUUACCAGAGAGUUCGUGCAAAACCGCUUGUGGAUUUACCAUCCGUACGGUCGCCUCGACCAUCAACACUUGUUGAUCAACAUUAUCGAUGCUAGAAUUUAUUGUCACCUUUCGGUUAUACUGUAUGUUUAUGAAAAACAAAUAUCCAUACUCGACGAACAGACUCUGAUGGACAUAAAAAUACUUGUAUAUGACGUUAUCUUUGCCGCAAUGUCGUUAACGUCGUUCAAAGAUGAUUUUCUCGUAGUCAUUCUGUCAGAAUUUGGUUUGUCAAGCAUAAUCAACACCGACGACAUAAAAGACAUUUUGGCAAGAGUGAGGACAAGGGCCAACGAAAUCUUAAACGGUUUGAACGGUGCCAGCACAAGCAGAAUCGACCGGCUCACUUUCAACGUUGACAACGAACGCCAACUGCCUACUAACGAUUUGAUAAUAAGAAUCAUUAAGAACUUGGAAGACUAUCUAACCGAAUUUAACAACCACUUGCCGUUCGAAUAUAAAUCGUUUUUGCAUUUUAUGGAUGCGGUUAAAAUGCCCGCUGCUCAAUACAUUUAAAUUUUAAAUUAAUACCACGGUGUUUAUACAUAAAUCAAGUUUUAAUGAAAUAAAAGAAAAAAAAUAGCAAAUAUAA